AUGCCGUCCAGUCUCAGUGCUUGGCUGCACUCGCAUCCGUUCCCGCCGCUCAUCCACAAGCAGCUCGAAACGCUCGGUCUGCACACGCCGAUCAACCAUCUGGCGCCCUUCCGCCUCGAGAGCGCCCUGUCCAGCGGCGCCGUGCCUGGGGUGAACGACCGCAUCCAAGUCCUCGUUCCGUAUUGCAACCAGACUCUGCGAUGGGAAAUCUUGUUCAACGCUUUGGACCCGGCAGCACCGCCAGACUUUGUGUUCAUGGGCGCUCCCCAGUUUGCGCCUUCUCUACAGCAGAUUCCAAACUUGCUCAACUGGAAUAUCAACGAGCCUCAAGCGCUCUUUCUCGUGUUGUGCGAGUUAUCCUUGAGAGGGUGCAGUGCUGCUGUCCCGAAGCAAUCCUUCCGAUCGUUGAUAGCUUUGCAAAUAGUUAUGAGCGCCAAAUCGGCAGCUGCCUCUUCGAGCAGCAGCGGCGGCGGCAGCAGCGGCAGCAGCAGCAGCAGCACUACUGGCCCAGGUGCUGGGGGUCAUGGACACGGGUCUUCGUUGCCCGUCAAAAAGGCUUCCGCCGUGUCCACCGAUGCAGAAGCCCUGACUGCUCUUGCAGCAACGGAAGUCAUUAUCGGAGCCGACGGCCACUCCAUCUUCCCAGCACAGCGAUAUGGCCAGCAGCUUCGCGUUGCCUUGCAGUUUGCACUGCACAUUGACUUGAGCAAGCUGCCAAACCUUCCAACGCCCCUCGAUGCUCGGCGAACUGCGUCAAAGCCGAGUACGGGUACUCAUACGCCACAGACACUCAAUUCGCCCAGCGUCGAACAAGGCAAUGUACCGCCAGCCUUCCCUGGAAAGGAGCACAUCGCCGACACUGCCGCCGCAGCUGCUGGGCCCGCCCGAAGCACCUCAGUUUCUCCUCAACCUUUGAAAAAUUCCACCGCAACUUGUCGGGUGACAAUAAGCUUCACGUUUCCAGAAGCCCGGACGGUCCUACCGGCCGACAUUGCCGUUGCCACAAACAUUACCAUCCCGAACGAACUCUUGCCGGGGGUGUUUGCAAACGCUCAGCUUCCGCGCUAUACACUCCCCACUCUUGCGGACGAUUUUCUUGGAGCGAUGCACUCGGCGGUCUCCGCCCACAUUGAGACGUAUGUUGAGCGCGUGAACAGGCGCUCGGCCUACGUGAGUGCCUUCUGGACCGAGUAUCGCUCGUCCAUCCUCGAGUUCAGCGUCGCGGAUGGAGCCUCAAUGAUUUCCUUCCACCUGGCUCUCAAAAACCACUACGCUGUAGCGCUCCUUGAAAUCUCCCCACGUUUCCCGCAGGAGGCUCCGGUCCUGACUCUUACUUGCGCUUUUUUCGACAACGGGGAUCAGCCCUUCCGCAAGCAAUUUCGAGAUUACCCAUAUUCGCCACGAUGGAGUCCCGAGGAGAUGGCGCAGCGGAUGCGGGUUUAUCUGGAUACGGAGCUCCCUCGAUUCUUGGAGGAAGCGAAAUCAGCAGGCGGCGUCCAGACUAACGUUUGAUUCUGUGUUUGCCGUGAAUGAAUUUUUUGUUUGUUUGUUUGGUUUUUGCUGUAUUGCGAUCGAGCCCAAGAACGUAAUACACCACAAUGGCACGUGA